AUGUUACUGCUAAAUUGUAAAGAAAAGUGGUCGUCUGCCAGUACUUUACUGUUUUCUAAAGUUAAGGUACAGGAUGUUUUUAAAUUUUUUUUUUUUUUGGUAUACAUUAUAAUUACUGUACUGGUGUCAUGGUAAAACUUACAGUUGACCUACCUAAUUAAAAUGAAAACAUUUACAGUAGUGAUGCAUUACCACUUUAGGAUAAUUCAAAGAAACUACAGUCUGGUGCUGCAACUGUGAGACAAGUCAGCGACACUGAAGGUUUGUUUAAAACUAUCAUCAAUAAUAAAUUCCUGCAUUAAGCACCUUCAUGUAUAAGCUCCUCCAAAUAUAAGUCCCUAAAAACUUAAUGUAACGCAAAAAAACCUUAAUAAUAUAGGGCCAGCAACAAUUAAUAAAGCUUACUAUGACCGUUAAUUCUUACAUAUAUUUAUAGGUUAAUGUUGUUUUAAUUUAUACUGACCUUCAAGUUUUAUUGAAAUAAUUAGUGGAGGAGACAGCACGGCUGAAUCACAAAAAACAAAACCCGCAAUGUUCUGGUGCUAACAGCAGCAAUGUAAGUUGAAGUAAGAGUUAAAACAUUUAUGUUUUGGCAGGUUAACCUUCUCUCUGUUAUGUUUCUUUUUUAAUGCAUUGAAAGAUAUAAACAAAGGACCAGUCUUAGGGCAAAACAUUUUAGUGUGAUUUUAUAAUUAUGUGUUGAUUAUUCAUGAAUUAGGGGUGGGAAACAAAGCAAAUUGAGAAAAAACUAACCUAUACACAUGUUAAUGUAUAAUCACAAAAAUUGUGGAAACGGUGAUUCUUUCCAAUGAGGAGUUUCAAAUUGUUCUGAAAUAGACAGCUGACUGUGGAAAGGUAGGCAGCUGUGACAAAACAUGGAGGGCUGCAAGGUCCCUGAAGAGUAGCCGGUGACAUACAAUCAAGUAGCUAUAUAUAUAGCCGGCAGAACUCCAGCAGUCACCAGCUUGUUUUGAAACCACUGGAUAUAAUAUUUUUUUUAAUUGGUCUUCUCCCAGUUCUUAACUGUUUUCUACAGUUAAGGUACAGGAUGUUUUUUUAAUAAUUAUUAUUUUUCUGGUAUAAAUUAUAAUUUAACUACUGUAAUGGUAAAACUGUACAGUUGACCUACCUAAUUAAAAUGUUAAUUAACAUUUAGUGAUGCAUUACCACUUUAGGAUAAUUCAAAGAAACUACAGUCUGGUGCUGCAACUGUGAGACAAGUCACCGACACUGAAGGUUUGUUUAAAACUAUCAUCUAUAAUUAAGCCCCUUCAUGUAUAAGCUCCUCCAAAUAGUUUUAAUGAAUAAAAAACCUCAAUACAGGAGCAGCAACAUUUAAUAAUGCUUAUUAUGACUGUUAAUUCUUAUAUACAUUUAUAGGUAUUUAAUGUUGGUUUAAUUUAUACUGACAAUCAAGUUUUAUUGAAAUAAUUAGUGGAGGAGACAGCAAAGCAGAACCACAAAGAACAAAACCAAUGUGCUGGUGCUAAUAGCAGCAAUGUAAGUUGAAAUAAGAGUUAAAGCAUUUAUUUUUUUGGCAGGUUAACCUUUUUUCUACUAUUCUAGGUUUCUUGCAUAAAAAUAUAAUUUUCUGCAUUUAAAAUGGUUACUCAAGUUGUCACUACUAUUAUUUAGUAUAAAUUAGCAAUUAAUGAAUUCGGCUGUUGUAGGAUAUGAAGAAUUAAGCAGAUAAAACCCUCUGAGAUCUGCUUAAUUUUUUAUAUCCUACAAAAGCCGAAUUCAUUAAUUGCUUUAUGAUUCAUUCAAAAUAAUUCUUAGUUUAAAAACAUAGCUAAAACAUGCUAAAUAAUAUGCCUGCAUUGAUGUUAAGUUCAUCUUCGAUAGUGUGCCUUUAGGUUUAAGUCCAGCUCCGCAAAUAUUCUCCAAAUAGCAGAUGUCGCCCUUGGAGUUGUCUUCUUGCUGUUUUUGCAAUGUUUUUAGCUAUUUUUUCGGCUAGUUGCAGCUGUAGUUCUUACUCUUGAAACGAGUGAAGUGCCAUCUUUAUUUUCACAACCAAAACAACUCAGCCUCGUUCCCAUGGUGUCUUAACCUGUAAGAACGCUGCAUUCUUGACGUCAUUUCAACACUAAACACAAAUUUGGUCAUCAGAAACUGGUUAUGGUGAAUUAUGCGUGUGCCUUUAGCCAAUCACAAUUAGGGAAAUAUUUUGAAUGAAUAAUAAUAUAAUUUAUACUCACUGAUGGUAAAACUAUGUACAGUUGACCUAACCAAAUUAAAUUAAAAAAAAUUAACUUUUGCAUUACACUUUAGCAUAAUACAAAGCAACUAAAGUCUGGUGCUGCAACUAUGAGACAUGUCAUUGACACUGAAGGUUUGUUUAAAACAAUCAUCUUCAAUAAUAAUUCUUACUUUUACACGUCUCUGUUUCUUUUUGUGGCUGUUUCUAAAAGCUGGCUUGUCCAUAGGAAUAACGACUCUUAACUUAUAGCUACUGUUGGAUAUAAACUAAAUUAAUAGAAUUUAUAUUAAUAGUAAUUGCGGGCGACAAGAGGAGCUACGAUCCUAAUCUCCAAGUUGUAAUUAUGCAUGCGUUGCAUGUAUGUCCCUAGCAUUCACUUGGACUUCCACUAAGAAUGAAUGGAAUACACAGAAAUAUUUUAAUGAUGCACAAAGAAAUGACUUGUCUAUAUGAGUGGGUUUUGCAAAUAUCAGUUGAAACAAUUCAGAUCAGGACAGAUCUCAGUGCACGUAGACAAAAUAUGCCUGGUUGGUUGGAUGUAUUGAUCACUCUUUAGUCAACACAAUACCAGUAGAGCACCAAUCAGAAGCUGUGUUUGUGGACAGACACAGGUUUUCAAAAUUGUCGGUUUGCAAACAAGCAUUUCCUUCUUUCCCCUCCUCCCCCUUCAUUCCUCUUUUUUGGUUUUGUCCCAACUUUCUCGAUGAAACGCUUGCUACGCAGGCCAAAAUUAAGCCAUAAAUUUUAUCCAGCCAACAACAGCCAUUAUUUCUUAUUCUACCAGUAUAUACAUUUAGGUAAAAAAAAUUGUUGGUUUAACUUAUACUGACAUUUAAGUUUUAUUGAAAUAAUUAGUGGAGGAGACAGCACUGCAGAAUCACAAAGAAAAAACCCAAUGUGCUGGUGCUAACAGCAGCAAUGUAAGUUGAAAUAAGAGUUUAGGUGUCUUGACCCAGUAUUUUUAUAGCCCUCUCCAUCUUUGAAUCUCUUAUACUUAAACAAAUCGAUCUGUGUUGUAAAACGAUUACGACACAAUGGAUUACACUUACACUAAACUUUAUUUUGGUAUUAUUUUUGGGGGCGAUCAGAAUAAAUGUCAUGCAGCAAUGAUGUCACAAUGUUUUAGCUCUAAAUCGAAUUUCAGCCAUGCAUGUUCGGCAUUUUCUUUUGAAAUGCUUUACGCUACGUCUUCUUUAGGUAAAUGUCUUCUGCUGUGCAAAGUUUCACAAAAAUCUGUAAGAGGAAUUUUGAGAUAUCUUGGAAUUUCUAUAAAAACGGUAUAAAUUAUACAUGCACUGAAGACUGGACUUAAUGCAGACAAAUUUGCUACUCUUCGGUUUUCUCACUUAUUCAUUUUGCAAAUGACCCUUAAACACUCUAGACGCCGCUGAAAGCAAGUAAACUUGCGUGAUUUCGAAAAACAUUGAAUCAGGGUAAAACGCAAUGCAGAGCUCUUUUUGUAAUUUCUAAGGCUCCUUUCAUGAAAACAGCAAUUCAAACAAAAUUCGUCGAUAGAUUUUAUUAAAACUUUUUUAGUACAUCAAUAAUUAUUAAUCAGUGUACUAUCAAAUCCCCGAAUUUCGUGGUGAUUAAAUAAUAGGUAAUUAAAUAAUAAAAGUUAAUAAACAAAAAGAAUAAUAAUUAUUACAAAAGCAAUAAAAUAAAUGGAAAUUUGAAUGAGUUUCUCUUGCUCUUUACAUUUGAGUUUAAUAACUUGUUUUUAACGGAUCUUGUUAUAUAGAAUGGAGAGCAAAUACAAGCAGCCACAAGAAAAAGACAGACUGUUGCUGUGACAACAGGUUUGAGUUAUAUUUUAACACCUUAAAUUUUAAAUUUCUAUUUAACUUCAAAUUCUCAACAUAAGGGAUUAUUAUUAUUAUCAAUAGAUUUGCCACAAAAAAAAGUCGGCCUCACUGUAAGUUUAAGCAAGCAGAGCAAAGUGCAUGAGUGAGUGAUAGGUCUCCGGCUCAAUAUAAAAUUAGACAAAGGACUGUUACUGACAUUUCGAGUUGCAUUACAUUAUAUGCGUCUGGACAAUUAUCACUUGUUUAUGUCAUGCGACAUGGUUGAACUCGAACUCUCUUCUACAUGGAACUUGACUUGAGACUUGUCAAGAUCAAAUUAUCCCGAUAGUUUUGUUUUGUUAAGAGCUUAUACAGUCUUGGAGUAGAAGUCACAAGGACUUUUUUGAAAAGUCUGAUAUUUAUCAUAGCAAUACACGUACUUCAUACAUCAUUUUUAUGGACAAUUAUUUUCUGUUUGGAGAGCUCAAAAAUGAAACAUUAAACCAAAAAAUAUACAGAAUUGUACAUUGUGUAUAGCACCAUAUUUUAUAGCUGUUGUUCAUCAAAUGAUCUUAGGGUGAAUCUGAAUUAGCAGUUCCGUAUUAAAUAAUUAUCAUUCAAUAUCGUUUAAAACCUAUUGUAAGUAAACAGCAGGUCAAAAAGGUUCUAUAACCCUAAAAAAAAAAGAGUCUUGCACUCCAGCAUUAAUCAGUCAAAAAUUAAGCUACGAUAUAAAUUUGGUUACUUUAAUACAACACGUAAUGUUAGGUUACUGCGAAAAAAGAUGGCAAAACAAUAUCUAUAAAAACUAUACUAUAGGUAGUAAAGUACAGGAAAUAUUGGGAGUGGAUUGUUCUUUAAUUAUUCAAAAAUCUAAUACUAACUGAUGGACUUUGUUCAUUUAUUUUAUUUUCUGUUCUAUGCAGUGAUGAGGUCAUCAAACCAGCAUGAAAAGACCAGCAGUGCCCAUGAUACUCAUGUAAGUUUAAAAAAUAAAUAAAUUUCAUUUGUCCAUACAAGGUUAUAAUUAUAAUAACAUAACAUAAGGCUGCAAGGGAAAAACUCAAAUUUAAAAUGUGUAACUAUAUACUCUGGACCUAGCUAAAGUCACCACCAAUGAAAUAUCUAAACUGCUCAGACAAUUAUUACCCGACUUAAGGAUGGCGCCCACUAAUGGGAAGUAUUUUUUCCCAGGUAAUGACUAUCUGAGACAAGUAGAUCAUAUCAGGGGCUAUUGAAAUCCAAAAAGAAAACUGGGGGUAACCUCGCAUUUUUCAGAGAUAACUGAGCUUCAAUAUGGAGAAAAAUGCUGAAUAGGCAUUUUUUAGAAAAAUGAUAAAAAGUUAUUUUGUCCCAAAAUUUCAGAGUGUACAUGUGAACUGGCACAAAUGCAAUGAUAAUUGUAACAAGGUUUCAAAAUAAGCAACAAAUGAUAACAUAACAACUGCUCUUUAUACGUCCUUUUUUUAAACACCAGGACAACUAGGAAGUUAUCAGCAGUUACCCCUCUCCACGCAUUUGCCUUAAAAAUGGUGUUAAUGACAUUUUCCCCCGAAACAAAAAUUGAUCGUUUGCUGAGUAGGCUUAUUACUUUCAUUUGGGAAGAUAAAAAGUAGGGGUUACCACGCAUUUUUAGAACUUAAAUUGGUUGGUUUUGACCUUAACUUAAUCGCUUUGGGGGUUAUUUACAAUUUUUCCCAUUCCCUCCCUGGUCAGUUUUACUAUUGCUUCACUCAACGCGGAGUACUCUGGGAUAUCCAAAAUGGCUAACAGUCAUAGAGAACAAAAACCCACCGAGGAGAGCAAAACCAGAAAGUAAAGCAUGACAUUUCAUGGACUCUAAGGAAAACACAUACUAUUUCAUUCAACUGGAGCUUGUCCGUCUCAAAAAUUUAACAAACAUUUUUGGAGAAGAGCAAUCUUGAAGUUAUUAAAGAUUACUUCCAGUGCAUAUAGAGUAGAUGGCGAGCUCAAGAGCCAAGGCUGGCGCUGUAAACAAACUACUAUACUGUAUACGUAGUGGAAAAUAGUCGACAGGGACUCUUAGACAGGUACCUCUUCAAUCGUUUGCUUACCUGUAUAUGUCAUCAAGAUUUUUUGAACUGUAGAUAUAAUAUGGAUUGUAAACCUUCUAUUGUUUUUUAUCAUUUUACCGGGUACCUCGAUCAAAUAUGUUAUUAAACUUGCAUACGUUCAAUGAGCUUAUAUAUCUGUGGUUUGCACUAUCUCUUUCGGGUUUGCCACAAGUGUCAUAUGACUUAAAUGAUUUGCAUAGACUCAAGUUCGAUACAUGAGCUCUCUUUUAAAAAUGCUGAAUACUGCGAAAAUAGUUGUACCAAAUGUGUUUAUGUACCCUCAUAUAUAAACUGGGCUAAGGAUCAUUUUACAUGUUAUUUUCGUUUUGAUUUUUUUUACUGUAGCACGUCAUCAGUUCUGUGUCAUGAUCAUUCACUUUUUUUCGUUCCUAAAUGUUAAUUUUAAACUUAACAACUGUGUCUGUUAAACCUACAUUUGUAAGAAAGUCUUAGAAUGAAAAUAUUUUAUUUUACCUUCCAUCUUUAGUUUGUAAACAGCCAAAUGGCAGCUAUGUCUAAAUGUCCAGAUUAUGCAUGUGUGACAUGAAAUUGAACCUUAAGAAAUACUAUCUACACGACAAGCUACCCAAUGAGUCAAUAAUUUCAAUGCUUAGUAAUGCCAAAAUGCUUAAAUAACAAUGAUAAUAGUAAAAAGCAUAACAAUUUUUUACGAUUUUUUCCACGAUGAAAGCUUUUCCUUUGCGGUCCGCAACUAUUUGUGAAGCUGUGAUCUAAGCGAUCCAAGCAAUUUUGUGAUAGCUUUUUUCUUGUUUGUUCAACAAAUAAAAGUCUCAGACUCUCAAUAUAAAAGGGACAUCUGUAUGUACUCGAACGCUUUAACUCUGUGUUCUGGUGACCAGAAAAUCUUACAAAAUUAAAGAAACAAUUGGGAAAGUGUUUAUAGCCGUUUAGCUGAUGAAAUGCGAAGGAUGCAAGUGAAAGGUAAGCUUGCAGUUUCUCGAUUAAGCGGAGGACUUGGAGCUAUUUUCCUUCUGAUUUACUAAUCCUUACCUAUUAAUACCCAAGCUCCAAACGUAACAUCUUGAAGCCAUAACUUUUGAUGUUUAAGAAUUGACUUUUGUUUGACUAUAUGAAAUGUUCGGUCAGAUUGAUCAUACAGCAGAAAUAGCAACAUGCGCAUACUUCUUCGGUUUUCAAAGAACUGACAAUGUAAAUAGAAAUUAUUUUUCACCUGUUAAAAACAACGCAUCUUUUCCACAAGAAAUAACUAGAACCUCCCAGACUUACAGGAGACAAAACCAGUCCGUGUGUCCUGCGUGUUGCGCAUUUCUUUCUUGGAAUGCGCAGAAACUGUGCGCAGUAACAAUAAUAGUGCAUGGGCACCGUCCUUAAAUCAUGAGCAGUCAAAAAGAAAAAUUUAAGUACCAUCUUUAAUUUACUGUUAAUGUUACUUCUUCAGAAAUCUUUGUAGUUAUCACAUCAGUUUUAUCCAUAAGUAUUGUCUUGAACAGCAUUUAUAUCUGCUUAUUUUUUAGUUUGAGAAAUUCUUAACUUGAAUUUUGCCAUUGCCCCAAGGGUGUGUUCCACUGAUUAAGGAAGUCACUUGUGUUGGAUCAAUAGCACAUCACAAGGACCCAACAAAUCCACUUUGGGAAAGGAUUCACUGAUUCAUUUGAAUGUAUUAUGAUCCAAAGUAAUCUUCUGGAUCAUCACAUUUAGACCUGAGUUAAGAAUCACAGAAAACCCUAAAUAUUUUUUGAAAUGCUACCUACACUGGGCCACAUAAAUAAUAAAAAACUACCUAUUUUUUGUACCAGGAUGAGAUGCAUCUGCAGUCUCUUAAAGCAUCAAAAUGA